UUCUACUGAUAAAAAAGAUGGCGGAUCAUUCGGUUGAGAUUACCGAGGGCUGUCGACUUCCCGUGCUGCGAAAAAAUCAAGAACAUGAAGACGAAUGGCCUUUGGCUGAAAUUCUCAGUGUUAAAGACAUUUCUGGAAAAAAGCUCUACUAUGUCCACUAUAUUGACUUCAAUAAGCGCCUGGAUGAAUGGGUUACUCCAGACCGACUGGAUAUUAAGAAGCUCCAAUUUCCCAAGAAGGAGGCAAAGACUCCAAUGAAGAAUGGGCUGCCUGGGUCUCGCCCAAGCUCUCCAGAGAGAGACGUGAAGAAGAGUCUAGAUCUCCAUGUUCAGUCUGCUUCAGCUACUUCAAGAGGCAAAACCCUCCCCACACCGGUACAGAAGAUCCCUGCCCGUUCUUUUUUUGCCAGUCAAUCUGUACAGAAAGAGUUUAUGAUGAACGAGCUGAAUAUGGUAAAGAUGUUCCAGAAUAACAGCCCUCGCUGCUCUACCGUCUAUUUGCUGCCAGGAGAGGACUCUCAGGACAGUUCAGAUGGAAUCCCAUCUGCCCCGCGCAUGACCGGUAGCUUGGUGUCCGACCGCAGUCAUGAUGACAUUGUGACACGAAUGAAGAACAUAGACUGUAUUGAGCUGGGCCGGCACAGACUGAAGCCUUGGUACUUCUCUCCAUACCCACAGGAGCUCACCUCUCUGCCCAUUCUCUACCUCUGUGAAUUCUGCCUCAAAUACCUCAAAAGCCUCAAAUGUCUCCAAAGACACUUGACAAAAUGCAACCUUCGGCAUCCACCAGGAAAUGAGAUAUACCGCAAAGGAACCAUCUCCUUUUUUGAAAUAGAUGGCAGAAAAAACAAGGCAUAUUCCCAAAAUUUGUGUUUAUUGGCCAAAUGCUUCCUGGACCAUAAGACCCUGUACUACGACACAGAUCCUUUCCUUUUCUAUGUUAUGUCGGAGUAUGACUCAAAGGGUUUCCAUAUAGUUGGCUACUUCUCAAAGGAGAAGGAAUCAACAGAAGACUAUAACGUGGCCUGUAUCCUGACCUUGCCACCUUAUCAGAGAAGAGGCUAUGGCAAACUACUAAUUGAGUUCAGUUAUGAGCUCUCAAAGGUGGAAGGAAAGACCGGCACCCCAGAGAAACCUCUGUCUGAUUUGGGCCUGCUCUCGUACCGUUCAUACUGGUCCCAGACCAUUCUGGAGAUACUCAUGGACCUCAAAUCAGAGAAUGGAGAGCGGCCACAGAUCACCAUCAAUGAAAUUAGCGAGAUCACAAGUGUCAAGAAAGAGGAUGUGAUAUCAACUCUUCAAUACCUCAACCUCAUCAAUUAUUACAAGGGUCAAUAUAUCCUCACCUUGUCUGAGGACAUAGUGGAAGGUCACGAGCGUGCCAUGCAGAAACGCCACCUCCGCAUUGAUCCCAAAUGCUUGCAUUUCACUCCUAAAGACUGGAGCAAGAGGGGCAAGUGGUGAGGUACAAAGGAGGGCCGCUAGCUCACAGAUACAGACAGGAAUUAAAACCAACAUAAAUAAUGUAAAUGGUCUUGUAUUUAUGUACUUUUAUAGUUUUUAUAUAAAGCAUUUGUCUAAAAAUAUCGAGCCACCUCAAAAAUGUAACUAAAUGU